CGUACUCGCAGUUUAUUUUGAAGGCAGGCAAUUGGAGCACAGCGCGGGGGUGAGGACGCCUGCCGUCAGCGUACCCGCUGCACUACACACCAUCAACCUGUCAUUUCAAGGUAUAUUGGGUUGUUAUUGAGCGCAGGAUCGAGGCGAAUAUCCCGCACUUCGCUAACUUGCUGAAACUAGCACGAUUUUUUAAUUCUCAAAGCGUGUCCGAGUCCGAGACGGGAAGACAUGGCCACGACUACAUGUACGCGCUUCACGGACGAGUAUCAGCUGUACGAGGAGCUGGGCAAGGGAGCAUUUUCCAUAGUGCGACGAUGUGUGAAGUUGAGCACGGGUCAAGAAUACGCCGCCAAAAUCAUCAACACCAAAAAACUGUCUGCGAGAGAUCAUCAGAAGCUGGAACGAGAAGCUCGAAUUUGUCGCCUGCUGAAACAUCCCAAUAUUGUUCGCCUGCAUGACAGUAUAUCAGAGGAGGGCUUCCACUACCUACUAUUCGAUUUGGUGACCGGAGGUGAGCUGUUCGAAGACAUUGUUGCCAGAGAAUACUACAGCGAGGCCGAUGCCAGUCACUGUAUCCAUCAGAUUCUAGACAGUGUCCAUCAUAUUCACCAACAUGAUAUAGUGCACAGGGACCUGAAGCCGGAAAAUCUUCUCCUGGCCAGUAAGUGCAAGAACGCUGCCGUGAAACUGGCCGACUUCGGCUUGGCCAUCGAGGUGCAGGGAGACCAGCAGGCAUGGUUUGGAUUCGCAGGGACACCUGGUUACCUGUCCCCCGAGGUGCUGAGGAAGGAGGCAUAUGGCAAACCGGUGGACAUCUGGGCCUGCGGUGUCAUUCUGUACAUUCUGCUGGUUGGAUAUCCACCAUUCUGGGACGAGGAUCAGCACAAACUCUACCAGCAGAUCAAAGCUGGAGCUUACGAUUUUCCAUCUCCAGAAUGGGACACAGUUACUCCUGAAGCCAAAAACCUCAUCAAUCAAAUGCUCACCAUAAACCCUGCCAAGAGAAUCACCGCACAGGAAGCUCUUAAGCACCCAUGGGUCUGCCAACGCUCUACUGUGGCCUCCAUGAUGCACAGACAAGAGACCGUGGAAUGCCUGAAGAAGUUUAACGCUAGGAGGAAACUCAAAGGGGCCAUCCUCACUACCAUGCUUGUGUCACGAAACUUCUCUGUGGGUAGCAGGCAGACCACAGCCCCCGCCUCGGUCACUGCGGCUGCGGCUGCAGUUGCCGCGGCUGCAGGCACCACAGCAGGGCUGGUGGAACAAGCAGCCAAGAGCUUGCUGAACAAAAAGGCAGACGUAAAGAAGCGGAAGUCGAGCUCAACCAUUCAGUACAUGCCCCAGACAAACAGCACCAAAAACAGCAUAGUCACCAGUCCCAAAGGAAACCUUCCCUCUCCUGCACUGGAGGCGCAGACCACUGUCAUCCAUAAUGCAGUGGAUGGGAUUAAGGAGUCAUCGGAUAGCAGUAAUGCCACAGUGGAGGACGAGGAAAUGAAAGGAAAAGUUGUAAAUAACAGUUCAGUUCAUUCAAACCCCAGCACCCAGUCUGACCCCGCCCAUACACCUCCAGGCCCCUCCCCUGCUGUGUUCACUGCAACUAAGUUCACAGAUCUACUGGGUGCGGUUCGCCGGGCCCCGGGGCCCACAUCUGAUAGUGAAGGGGGAAACACAACCACUCCAGCUGCUGUUUCUGUCCCCUCCAAUACCCAGAUCCCCAACAUUCCCACACAGAUGUCACGUUUGACAGAUCUAGUUGGCAGUGUGCGCAGAAGUUCAGCCCCUCAGCCUGACAGUGAGCCACCGGCCCCUAGCAGACCCCUUACUGCCCCUGUAUCUGCUCCAUCCCACCCCUCCCCUUCCCCUUCCCAGCCCCUCUCAAGCCCCCUGCCAUCAGCACAUUCGCGCAAACAGGAGAUCAUCAAAAUUACCGAACAGCUUAUUGAGGCCAUUAACAAUGGUGACUUUGAAGCUUAUGCUAAAAUCUGUGACCCUGGGCUCACCUGUUUUGAGCCAGAGGCCUUGGGAAAUUUGGUGGAGGGGAUGGAUUUCCACAGAUUCUACUUUGAGAACUUGCUGUCUAAGAACAAUAAACCCAUCCACACCACCAUCCUCAAUCCUCACGUGCACCUGAUUGGAGAGGAGGCAGCCUGCAUCGCUUACAUCCGCCUCACGCAGUACGUGGAUGGGCAAGGCCGGCCGCGUAGCAGCCAAUCAGAGGAGACGAGGGUGUGGCAUCGUCGGGACUCCAAAUGGCAGAAUGUCCAUUUCCACUGUUCGGGAGCUCCAGCUGCUCCUUUACAGUGAAGGUUGAGCUCAUUGUAGCCACAUCUAACAAGAGUGCCCAACAAGAGAAACGAGAGUGGGAGAGAGGGGGAAGUUGAACAGAGGGUUGGAGCCCAAUGAUGGGUGGCUGUGAGUCUACAGUCCCUGACCGUCACAAACUGGGUCCAGCCCGCACCUGUCAGUUACAUCGCGUCACCCACCAAUCACAUCUGUGCAUUGUUCUGUGUCACUGCCCCAUCAACUUCACCCCUUGCUCUUAAGCGCCCUCCCUGUAUGUUUUCCUUUCUCCCCCCAUUGUGCAGAUGUGCUGUGUGGAGUCGGACUGUCAGUCUUUGAUUUUUAUUACGGAUGUUAAAGCCUCAGCAAAUCGUCUGUGAAAAGCUUUCCGUCGCACCUUUCCACCAGUGUGAAUAACAUCCUUUGAUACACUGAUUCGCCGUCCUUACUUACAGUGUGUAGAUUUUUGAUAUUAUUGUUAUUAUUAUUAUUAAUAUUGUUAUUACUGUUGUUAUUAUUAUUAUUAAUACGAAAGCAAUUGUAUGUGUCACUUAAACCAACCAAUUUUUUUUGGAGAGCAUGAAUUUUUCUGUAUAUCCACAGCGCCAUAGAUAUUGGCUGCCAUUUAUGUACAGGCUUUUCGAUGUGAUUCAUUAUUGAAAGCUCAAGCUCACAUACAACAAAUGUGUUUGUCCAUUUGUGUUCAAUCGUUUGUGGACUUACAUCGUCUGUGUGGGAAUGUUCGGAGCAGAGCCUGAUCUAGAACGCUUGGGGUCUCCCACUUUUAGUUACGUCAAUAUUUCUCAUAUCUUUAGAACGGAUUUGGAAUAGCAGAGGAGAUUCCUGCCAUUCUGCUUUUUUAUGAAUUUUGUUAAAUUGGAUUAACAAUUCCUGGUUCUUGGUGAAAGUCUUUCUUUUUAACUGAUUGGUGAGCUCUUUGGUGACACGGAUUGCAAGGUUAUUGUUAGUGUUAGCAUUACAAUAAUUUUUUUUAAAACAUUUUUCAUUAUUUCGUUACUUUAGCUGAGCCAGCGAAUAGUUGUGUCAGGAAAACUGCUGACCAUUUUUAGAUUGAUGUAUUAAAUCAGAUUUAAAAGCACUUCGUGGUUGUUUCUUGGGUUGAGUCUGAAGUUUGUGUAUGGAGAGAUGCGGACAUCCAAAAACACAAUCAGUAAGCGGCUAGUAGAUUUGUAGUCAUGGUGUAAGGUUAGGAUUAUUAGGGAACAUACAAAUUAUUUUAAUUAGGAAUUCGGUAAAGACCGCAUAUCUGGAUUUACUGAACAUUUUGGAGGUUUUUAGCAGACAGAGUUAAAUCCUUACGCUCUCGAGUUUUUGCUCUUAUGAAAUGACAUUUAUAUUUCUGUCGUGACAUAUGUUGUUAAAAAUCAAUAUAACUCAUUCUAUUUUUGAGAGUUUAUAUAUAUUUUUGUUUGUUGUCAAUAUGUGUGAGACCGUUUAAAGGAGAGUGUGAUUUUACAUGUAGAAAAUGUGUUACCCUGGACAAUUUUUAAAGUUUGGAUGAUGGGCAAAGUGCAAGGUGUUUAAAAAGUCUAGGACGAUGUGAAUGGGUUCCUUAUUCAAAAUGGCCAGCAAUAGUUUUAUAUUUCAGAGGAUGGAAUAGCUUUACAAAUCUGUACGUCACACCUCAUGCAAGAUAUGCUUUUGAAGAGAUGGAGGACGGUAACCAUGGAGAACAUCGUUCUGAUGUCACGUGACUUUUGUAUUAACCUUGUCUGGAGACCCGCAAACUGUGUGUGUCCUCAGGUCGUAUUUAUUUAUUUGAUUAUUUUAACACAACUUCUUAAUUUCUUGGUCUCUUUUCGUACACCCACUAGUUUUAAGCCACGUCAUAUUGGCGAUGACUACUGAUUUUGUUUGUAUUACUAUUAUUUGAAAGAAACUGUCUAAAAAGCGAAUUUAAAGAAGUCUGAAUAUACAUCAAUAUACAACCGAGUGACCCCUCGAGGCACGUGGACAUCCUCGUCUGCUCCAGCGCUCUGCUUUGACAGUCGUCUUGUUCUCAGAUGUUUCGUCUUAUGUUUUGUCCGACACUAAAAGUGUUGCGAGAUUUCAUGCGUUUAUAAAGUUUCACACUUGUCCGCUCACUUAAAAAUAGACAAAACACAAAAAAUCAGCAUGUAAAAAGUGUACUGUUCUCUGUGUUUAGCAAUGAAAAUAACCAUGUUAUGAUGAGUGCACAUCACUAUUAAAACAGGACACACAGUAUAAAAACUGCAGUCUUUGCAUGACAGUCACUUGAACACUAGGUUUGGUGUUAUUUCUCUUUUUGAUUUCUUUUCUAUUGAAUGCUGGUUUUCCUAAACCUUUCUCUUAUCUAUUUUACCAGCUUUGUUAAGUGCAUAUAAUAUUUUUGUCCCGAGAUGAUGCUGGCAAUGGCAGUGUACAUGACAAAGAUUAUAGCUAUGAAAAUGUGGAUGAUAUAAUAUGGAAAUGAUGAUGAUAUUUCUACGGCAUGCUUUUGUAUCAAGCUCAUUGUUGUCAAUGCAGGGUGAUUGAUAUUUAUAUUAACUACAGUAUAAGAAUAUUCAUUAGUAUGAGACUGCUUGACUUCAGAGAAGCACUUGCAAUAUUAGACAAAUAUGCAUGGGAUAGCUGAUUUUACAUACCACCAUAGAUGUUGAUUUAUGCUUUGCAAAUGCUCAAAACACCUGGAUGGCCAAUAAAAUUGUGGGGGUUUUCAGAUGUUCGUUUUUGAGCAAAGAACUGUUUUCUUUCACUUAUAUCAUUGCUCUAAUGGAAACAGUGCCGAAUAGUUUCUCUGAAGUUGAGUUUUCUCACAGUAGCCCUCUUGAUAGUUUUGUUUUUCUGUAUAAGAUAAUAUUCUCUUUAAUUUCUGAUGAUUCUUACUCUUGUUAUUGCUCUCUUCUCAAACAUGCUCUGUGUAUUCCCUGACUUAAGCAAAUGUGUUCAGAAGUUAUAAAUAAAUGAGAUGAUUUAAAUACCGAAGAA